CAACUGUCCCCUUGGAUCCGGAGACGACUGGUUGACGAUUGGUUGACCGGCAGCCGCCCCCAAAGCUUCGCCUGUGCUUGUGCAUCUCAGCCCGACUGAAAAACACAACACGCUUUACCUGCAUCGACGAAGGCGAGCAAGAGCAGGAUGGAGCCGCUCACGGUGGUCAACGUGUACGCAUUUUGAUUGUGUACAGGAAUCAGUCACUGCGACGGCAGGAGUUUGUCACACACAGAGGAGACCGAUCCGGAAUAGGAAUCUCCUGCACCUCGAGCUCUUGGGGGCGGUGCAAUUUGCAGCUUGAGACUUGCUUGAGUCCCGGACCGAGUCCAAUCAGGCAGCCACGCAACAGGAGGAUACACGGAGAGCUCAAUGGACCACGCGUUCUUCUUGUCCAUCUUCUCCGUCUUCUCCCACGCUCGCGCGGGGUACUUUUUCGGUACGGCUCGAAUUGGAAUGACGGUCGUCUUCAUUACGGCCGUGUCCACAACCAUUCCAGGUGUUUUGAAGACAGCGGACAAACUCCUCAUCUUUGUGGUUUUGGUACGGACCAUCUGCCCACUGCUGCUGUUUCCUUUCCCAUGACAAGUGCCGAUUGAUUUUCAGGCGGGGGCGCUUUUCGUAGUGUGGAAGCUCAGAGAGCGUAUCCUCUUGUUUCUCACCGGCGACACACGCCUCAGGGUCGACAUCUAUGACUUCGUCCAGUGUCUUCUCUGUUGCGGUCAGUGUCAUAGGUGUAUGUGUACAUGCUUACGUCAGUCAAUUUCGCCGUCUCUCUUGUGUCCAUUCCAGGGUGUGCUGGCAGAUGCUGCCCUGCGAUCGUUCCAGGAGCCAGCAGGGUCGUGCGGCUGAAGAGGGUGGAGUGCCGAAACUUCCCUGCUCACGUAAGCCGGCGACGUGAGACUGCGCGAAUGCCGUAGACGAUUAUGUGUGCACCCGUCGUUCAGGACUGGAUGGGGACGAGCGAUCUGUUUCUCAAGGUCAGCCUGGGAACGAACGCAGAGCUUAGCACACGAGGUGGGCAAGAUGCACGCCUGAGGGGCAACCGCAUAGCCAUCGCCUUUGUGCAUGACACGCGCAGUGCGAGAGAAGAAAAGACACGUAUGCAUCUUCACCGAGCAGCUGUGAGAUGUGCACACGGAGACAAACACGUAGCUGCGUCUCCUGUCUGACUGAGCGUCUCCCGUAUGUCCGUGUAUGUCCUGAAAAGCGAGGUCAACGUCAAGAACCCCUGCUGUGGACCGUGUACCAAGUGGUGCAAUUGCGCCCAGAGGUAUAGACGCGCACCGAAAAAUGGAUCCGAAGUUGGACUUAUGCUUGAUGAGGACAGCUGCGGCGACGAGGACUGCCGUGCCUACUGCUCUUGCGACCAGGAAAUGCACGUAAGCGACGCAGGGUGGGAAGGAUGAAAGACAGGGCUGCUGAUGGAUGAUUGUGACUUUGUCGACUUCGUGUGUUGAUCAGAUCAUUCUGAUGGUAAGUGCACCUGCACCAGCCAUGAGAGAGGGCAGCAGGAGACUGCGGUGUGUGUUAUCCUCUCACGCUCACAGGAUCAGGAUGUGGUAAGCUGCUAAGCAUCUUACCUGUUCGUGUAUCCAUCUCACCAUCUGUGUCUGUGUCAGGCGUUCCACGACGAGGUCGACAGAGAAACAUUCAGAGGCAGAAGUCGCCACCCAUAUGUCAAGUGUCUCUCAGGUUGGCCGGGUCCUGUUCAACAGCAGCGAGAUCCUUCGACUUGCCGCCAACAACGCAUGGAGCGGCUGGCGUCCCAUCCAGUCCAAGGUGACAGCCGCACCCCUUGUCCAAGUGCUUUCACCUCUGGUGGAUGCAUCUCCUAUCCGUGUUUGCAUGCAGGGCUUCAUCAGGCAGGAGACAGCCGGCGAGAUGAAUGUCCUGUUCGAGUUCGUACCCUACAGUGAAGGCGAGGAGAUGCUGUCGCCGAAGGGAGACGGGGCCGGCAAGGGGCUCCUCGGCGACGAAUUGAAGGCACCCGGUAAGCGAGAGACAGACAUAAAGCCAAUUAGGAGUAGCAGUGUCGGUGUCUUGUGUGUGACCCUAUUGUGCAGACGCCCAAGUGAUGAGCACCACUGCCGGAUCGCCCGCCUUCUCAGGAGGCGGAUACAGCCCUGUCUGAGCACCAACAAAAGUCAAUGCUUGAGGACAACACACAGGGAGAGAGGGUGCAUGGUACCUGAAUUACUUUAGUGGACAGAACGCGCAUACGUGCACGGGGCUCAAGACGUAUGCACUGUCAUCUCCCUUGAGCCCCGUGCACGCGUUGUCUCCAAAGCAAGUGAGAGAGACACAGCUUACGAAAAGUCAUUCAACAACUCAG